ACACCUUGUCACUCUUUGCAGCUGUUCUACUCAUUCUUUAAGUCACUGGUGGGGAAGGAUGUGGUAGUGGAGCUGAAGAAUGAUUUGAGUAUCUGUGGAACUCUGCAUUCGGUCGAUCAGUAUCUGAAUAUCAAGCUGACAGACAUCAGUGUGACAGACCCAGAGAAGUACCCCCACAUGCUUUCAGUGAAGAACUGUUUCAUCCGAGGCUCCGUGGUGCGUUACGUACAGCUCCCCGCGGACGAGGUGGACACCCAGCUACUGCAGGACGCCGCUCGCAAAGAGGCCAUGCAGCAGAAACAGUGAUUUCAACAGGGGAGGGGAGGGGAGGGG